AUGUCAUUGACGUUCGACUCCGAUGUCUCCUUAAAUGCGACUGACGCAGCCGUCUUCCUCAGCGAACGAGAUGUAGCCGGCCAAAUCCCCAUCAACUUUGUCACCACCUCCGCGGUGAACCUCCAGUCAGCAUGCUUCGGAGACAACGUCUACGAAGAGCACGCCGCGGGGAAGUGUAUCUCCAACCUGCUGGCCGUCGGGUACCGUCACUUCAUCGUCGACAUCUACUGGUCCCCCGACCAACGGGACUGGCUGUUCUGCCCUGUCUCCAUCCCUCAGGAUGACACGGUCGUGACGGUCUCAUCAACCUAUACCACCGCCACGACGACCACCACCGAUGCAGCCCGCGCCACCGUCACCGAGACGGCAACCCCAUCGGGGUCGACGGUGUACGAACUCGGUCCCUACCGCUGCUCCAAGCAUCUCAAUCUCUCCGACCUGAUCAGCGUCUUCCACGACUUCUUCCGGACAUACAGCUCCGAGCUGACCGUCUACACGAGAUACAUCUCUCUCAACCUCCACGCGGGCGCCAGCGCCACCACUCCGGAGAAACCUGCCUCAACCAUAACCGGCUCCCACCUCCCCACCGGAUCCGAGUACAUCAGCUCUCUCUUCGACGACCACCUCUCCUCCUACAUCUAUAUGCCAUCCCAACUCGCUGCUGAGCGCGCAAACCUGAACGAAUCCUGGUACGAGGUCGAAGACGACUACAAGCCCAUCACGGAGUACUUCACGAUAAACGAAGCCGCCAACGGCGACCAAAGCACCCCCGACGGAUGGCCCUGCACGAAGUUCCUCCAACUGGCCAAACAAAAGCGCCUCCUCCUCGAAUACGGCACCAUCGACCCCCAAAUGCAAGACUACAACCUCUCCUACAUGCCCGACAUCAUCUUCCCACAGAACUACCUCACCUCCACCAUCUCCGUCUCCCUCGACGCCGACAACACCCUCUCCACAAGCGGCUGCUUCUACAACCCCUCCGCAACGACCAUCUCACAAGCCAACUCCUCCUGGGCCCAAUCCAACUACAUCCCCAUCCCCUCCGCCCCAACCCGCAACAUGACCCUCACGGAAAUGUCCCUCGUAAUCUCCAACCUCACCGCCUGCGGCCUGACCCCAACCCUCAACACUACCCUCUUCAACCAAACCGCCAACUCCGCCAUCGCGCCCUACACAGACAUAUCCCUCUCGACCAGCUGGGCCUGGGCGAUCGGCCAACCCGCCGACGCAGCCUCCUCCUCCUCCUCAUCCACCAACGGAUCCAUCGACCGCUGCGCCGUGAUGGACCUCACCACCCCGGGCGGCCACUGGCACGCAAUCAACUGCACCGAAUCGCACUACUCCGCGUGCCGGGUCCAAAACGACCCGUUCACCUGGCAACUCUCCCCAUCCACCCACACCUUCGCAAACGCGUACUCCGCCGGCUCGUGUCCCAAAAACAGCUCCAUGGCCAUUCCCCGCACCGGGCUCGAAAACACCUACCUCUACCAGUACCUGCUCACGCGGACAGACGUGCUCGACCCCUCGUCCGAGAAUCCGGUCAUGACGAAAGUCUGGCUCGAUUUUAAUUCCAUUGAUGUCGAGUCGUGUUGGGUGACCGGCGGCCCGAACGUCGAUUGUCCGUAUGCGUCCGAUCCGCAGCAGUUGGAGAGACGCACGGUGUUGGUUGCGGCUAUUGCCGGGAUCGUUAUCUGUAUUAUUGCGGCGUUGACGCUAUUUGUGAAAUGUAAUGCCAAUCGGAGGAAUUCGAGGAGAGGGAAGAGGUUGAUUAAGGGGUGGGAGUACGAGGGGGUUCCCUCUUGAGGGGUUGUGUCGUGGUGGUGGUGGUGGUUGGGAUGGGGUGGCUGUUUGUUGUUGUGGGUGUGUGGGUUGCCAUCUAUAAUAAUCUAUCUACCUGUGCGAUGUGAUUUGUAUCUAUUCACUUCUUGUAUCUAAUCAUCUCACUGAAUAUACUCUGACGCAGUCCAGUCUUUUGUUAUGUUCUUGUUAUUUGUUUGGUUAUAUGUAUGUAUGUAUGCU